AUGCGCAAGCCGACGAGUCGCGCUGGGCCGAGCACAGAUGCCUGGGAGGAAGAGGCGUGGGCAUCAAACUUGGAUGAUGACGAGUUUGUCGCGCGACUCCAGACCCGGCGGACCAGUACAGACACCACACUAAGCACGCAAGGAAACGGUGCAUACGAGCGGCUCACGCUGCAGGAAACGCGCGUCGAUUUAGCACUGUUGGCGCCAAGCACCGGGGAUGCACUGCACACUGCACCUAACGUUGUGCCCGCACCGCCACAACCGGAUGCCGCGACGGAAUCGAGCGUAGAGCUCGAUCCGUACCCGGCAAACUGGGCCGAGAAAGGCAUUGCAUUCGCUCCGAUCCCCACCAACACCCACGCCGGGCGUGCGGCACGGAUCCAUGCACUGGUUGACGAUCCCAUGCUACUCGUCGAAAUGUAUCGUCCGCAGCUUGUAGCAUUCCAGCACGAACGCAGCUCCGACGAUGCGCGGCGCUCCGAUAUCAGCACGUCGCACGAGGCGGCCCAUGCACAAAAUACCUCGUCCCGUGCUCCGAGUGCCGCGGCGUUUGAUCCGCUGGCGACCAGCGGCGAUGGCGUCAUGAUGCCCGUCGUCGCCCCGCUGACUCCGGUGCCACCCAGACCGCAAAACCCGGCAAAGGUAAGGCGCUAUCCAAGCACACGCACCCGGCGCAUCCGCCAGCAGCUCGUCCAGUGCCUCGAGGCGGAUGAGAUUGAUCUGGGAUUUUUGCGCUCGCUUGCGUGGAAAGGUGUCCCGAACGAGCUCCGUGCCGUUGUAUGGCCGCUUCUCCUUGGCUACCUCCCUACACAGUCGUCUCUGCGCGCAGCAACGCUUGCGCGCAAACGUGCAGAGUAUGCAGAAGGCGUCCAACGCGCGUUUGCCCAAGGGCUCGAGGAAGUCGACCGCGCGAUUUGGCACCAAAUCUACAUUGACGUCCCACGCACCAACCCGGGCAUCCGCCUGUGGCAGCAAGAGGCGACGCAGCGGGCGCUGGAGCGAAUUUUGUAUGUAUGGGCGAUCCGGCACCCCGCAAGUGGCUACGUGCAAGGAAUCAACGAUCUAGUCACUCCGUUUUUUGAAGUGUUCCUCUCGGCGUACAUUGACAGCGACCCGGAGCAAUUCGAGCUCGCCGACCUGCCGCAGCAUGUGUUAGCUGCACUUGAGGCAGACACGUUUUGGUGCCUGUCCAAGCUCCUAGACGGUAUCCAGGACAAUUAUACCUUGGCGCAGCCGGGCAUCCAGCGGCAAUUGCGGCGGAUGGGCGAAGUCGUCGCGCGGAUCGAUGCGCCGCUGCACACGCAUUUAGCCGCACAGGGCGUCGAGUACGUCCAGUUUAGUUUCCGCUGGAUCAACUGCCUGCUCAUGCGCGAGAUGAGCGUGCCGAGUAUUAUACGCAUGUGGGAUACAUACCUGGCCGAAGGUGCCGACGCAUUUUCCGACUUUCACCCUUUCGUCUGCGCGGUAUUCCUGCAGAAAUGGCGUGCUUCCCUACUCGAGAUGGAUUUCCAGGGUAUUAUCAUGUUUCUGCAGAGCCUUCCGACGCAGCGCUGGUCAGACAAGGAUGCAGAACUGUUGCUUAGCGAAGCGUUUAUGUACAAAGCCAUGUUUGGAAACACGGCACAUCUACAGCGUAAUUAA